AUGCCGCGGCCCCCACCCAUUCCGCGAGCCGUGGUGUCGAGGAAUUGCUGUCCUCAGCCGAGUCCGUUUGGGGCAGAACUUGUUCAGCAACCUCCUUGGAACCGUCGCACUGGGUCAGGCCGGCGCCGGCGCCCGGCGCCCUCAGCAGAGGCGGUGCAGGCCGCCGAGGCCGCCGUGGAGAGUGCCGCGGCGAGGGCCGCUGCGUGGCGGCCGUGGACGCCACCGACCCCGCCGCAGCUGACGCCGACACCCGUGCCGAAUGCGGCAGCCGCGCAGGCCGUGACGCUGGGAGUUGCAAGGACCCUGAAUCAGAAGCCCUAA